AUGGUCUGGGAUGGCGUAUCACCAACCUUUUGGCUGGAAAUAGUCGCUAUUUGUGUUUCAAUAAUCAUCUGCUCCCCGAAAGCAUUUUGGUAUUCGCAGGGUUUCACACCAAGCAAGUCAUCCGUCGUCUCUACAGAACACUACAAUACAUCCCCACGUUUCAAAAUCGUCCUCCCAGCUCUCUCCAGGUCUAUUCAUGAUAUGAGCAUUAUACGCAAAACGACCAAGAACGGAUUUAAAGUUGCAGGCAGAAUACCAAGUACAACAGAACAAUCAGCGAUAAUGGUGAAAAGUCAACCGUGA